AAUGUAUUCCAUAUUUAGGCGACAGCCGCGCCUGAAAGACCCGCCGCAGAAAAGUCAGGCUCUCGCGAAGGCGUACUCAAAUGCCUUGUUAGGGUAGAAUGGGCGGCUAGGUGGCUAUCAAUCAGGCAAUGUGCGCAGACAGCCCCAAAAGCUAAGGACCCAUCGCUCAUGCCCUGCCCGACUGUCGCGCGCGCACGCUUUUCCUUCUCUUUCCUCCCGUAUCUGGGUGCAGAGGUGGCAGGAGGAGCGGCGCAAGUGACCGGGGCUGGAGUGGGUAUAGGCGGCCAUCCCCCCUCCCCUGACGGCAAGAGUGCACAGCACUGAGUUAUUUCCCUCGUCCAGGGCUUACUCGGUUCCGUUCACGCGAGUGCGCGCGCACGCAAACAUACACGUCAGCGAUGCCCUCAGCCACCAACAGCGCGAUGGCCAGCAGCGGCGGUAAAGCGGGAAGCGAGGCAGUGGCGGCAGCUCCAUCCCAGGCUGCAGCGAGUGCGGCUGCUGCGGCGGUAGUUUCGGGCGGCAGCACGAGUUCGGUUCAGACCGAGGCCAUGAAGCAGAUUUUGGGCGUCAUCGACAAGAAAUUGCGCAACCUGGAGAAAAAAAAGAGCAAACUUGAUGAUUAUCAAGAUAGAAUGAACAAAGGAGAACGUCUUAACCAAGAUCAGCUGGAUGCUGUGUCCAAAUACCAAGAAGUCAGUAAUAACCUGGAAUUUGCUAAGGAACUACAGAGGAGUUUCAUGGCACUGAGCCAGGAUAUUCAGAAAACAAUAAAGAAGACAGCUCGGCGGGAACAGCUAAUGAGAGAAGAAGCUGAACAAAAACAUUUAAAAACAGUACUUGAAUUACAGUAUAUUUUGGACAAGUUGGGUGAUGAUGAAGUGCGCAAUGAUCUAAAACAAGGAACAAAUGGAGUGCCGGUAUUAACAGAGACAGAACUGUCAGCGCUAGAUGAAUUUUACAAACUAGUUGAACCUCAACGGGACAUGAAUGUGAGGUUGAGUGAUCAGUAUGAACAGGCAUCCAUUCAUCUCUGGGACUUAUUGGAAGGAAAGGAAAAACCUGUAUGUGGAACAACCUAUAAAGCCCUAAAAGAAGUCAUUGAACGCAUUCUGCAAACAACUUACUUUGAUAUUACCCACAACCAUCAAAAUGGAUUAUGUGAAGUAGAGGAAACAUCCCCGGCACCUGCAGUGGAGGACCCUGUUGCAGAAGCUGAGCCAGAGCCAACAGAAGAAUACACUGAACCCAGUGAAGUUGAAUCAACAGAGUAUGUAAACAGACAGUUCAUGGCAGAGACUCAGUUCAGCAGUAGUGAGAAGGAACAGGUAGAUGAGUGGACAGUUGAAACUGUUGAGGUAGUAAAUUCACUCCAGCAACAACCACAGGCUACAUCUCCUCCAGUUCCAGAUCCCCAUGCGCUUUCUACUGUGGCCCAAGCAGAUCCUCUUGUGAGAAGACAAAGAGUACAAGACCUUAUGGCACAAAUGCAAGGCCCCUACAACUUCAUGCAGGAUUCCAUGCUGGAAUUUGACAACCAGGCGCUCGAUCCUGCUAUUGUUUCAGCCCAGCCUAUGAAUCCAGCACAAAACUUGGACAUGCCACAGAUGGUUUGCCCUCCAGUUCAUAGUGAAUCCAGACUUGCUCAGCCUACCCAGGUCCCUGUGCAGCCUGAAGCUACGCAGGUCCCUUUGGUUUCUUCCACAAGUGAGGGAUAUGCAGCAUCCCAGCCCAUGUAUCAACCUUCUCAUUCAACAGAGCAGCGGCCUCAGAAAGAAUCAAUUGACCAGAUUCAGGCUUCAAUAACUUUAAAUGCAGACCAGACACCAACAACAUCACCGCUUCCAGCUGCAUCCCAGCCUCAGGUAUUCCAGGCUGCCACCAGCAAACCUUUGCAUAGCAGUGGAAUCAAUGUCAAUGCAGCUCCAUUCCAGUCCAUGCAGACAGUAUUUAACAUGAAUGCACCUGUUCCUCCUGUCAAUGAGCCAGAAACCUUAAAGCAACAAAAUCAGUACCAGACCAGUUACAGCCAGUCUUUCUCCAGUCAGCCUCAUCAAGUAGAGCAAUCAGAACUUCAGCAAGAACAGCAGCUCCAGACAGUGGUUGGCACCUACCAUGGUUCCCCGGACCAGUCCCAUCAAGUGGCAGGUAACCACCAGCAGCCUCCACAACAGAAUACUGGGUUCCCACGUAACAGUCAGCCUUAUUAUAACAGCCGGGGAGUGUCUCGUGGUGGAUCACGCGGCACUCGAGGCUUAAUGAAUGGAUACAGGGGACCAGCCAAUGGGUUUAGAGGCGGGUAUGAUGGCUACCGCCCUUCAUUUUCCAACACUCCAAAUAGUGGUUACACACAGGCACAAUUUAAUGCUCCUCGAGACUAUUCGAACUACCAGCGGGAUGGAUAUCAACAGAAUUUCAAGCGUGGCUCCGGACAGAGUGGUCCUCGGGGAGCCCCUCGAGGUCGUGGAGGGCCCCCGAGACCCAACAGAGGGAUGCCUCAAAUGAAUGCUCAGCAAGUGAAUUAAACUAAUUCACAGGAUUACAUUUAAACGCCAAAAACAUACUGGCCAGUGUACCAUACAUGUUACCAGAAGAGUUAUCUCUUUGUUCUCCUUUUUAGGAAGUUCAUAGUAAAGGGAUUAUUUUCAUUGCCCAUAAAGACAGGACUACAGUUGUCAACUUUAUAUUACCUGGAUAUGGAAAGAAACAACGUUUAUUCUGCAUGUUCUAGCCUAAGCGUCAUUUUGAGCCUUGCACAUAAGUUUUCCCUUGCUCUGAUUAAAAGCAAAAUUAGCAGUUCCAGGGUAAUGAAAAUCUUGGUUAACAAGCAGAAAUGACCAAUAACUGAUUCAAUUGAUGUUCUCCAGUGGUGCAGCAAAUUUGGAUAAACAUCUACAAAUCCCUAAUUGGUUUAUUUAAACUUUCGCAAAAGGAAGAUCAGAGAAGCGAAGUGUGAGUUGGUAGCAACUACAUUUCAGCUUUUUUUUUUGGCUAGAUGAAGCACUGAACAUUUACAAUGCCUCUACCAUAACUAGAUAACCUGAUGGACAGUUUGUACACACCCCUGGUUGCAGCAUUUUCCUAUGAGGUCUGACUUGCUGUGGCAGAGGGAUGCAUUGUUUUGUGUUACUGUUGAUAUAAUUCUGCAAACCCCAAAUUAGGCUUAGAUUGGCACUUUAAAUUUUUCUGUAGAAAAAGAUGUAAUCUGGAUUGCCACCUCUAUUUCCAAUGUGAAGUGUUAGAGCUCUCUCCCAACACAUUUCUUGGAUAGCAAUGACACUUAUAAGGAUCGGUAUUCUUUAUCUUUCCUUAUGACUUGCACAUUGUCUGUCGCUAAUACUUGAUCUUGCUGUAUUAUCACCUAAAUAACUUAUGCAGGUACUGAUGAAAAUUAAUGGAUAUUCAUAACACUUUUGGUCACAUGUUCUUUCCUUUCUGCAUUCUGAAGGUUUUAAGAAAUCUUGAAUCCCUGCUGCUGCCCUUUUAAAUUGCUCUCUGUUGAAAAGCACCAGUAUGUGUUUGGGUUGGUCUUCCCUUUUAAGGGAAACUGCAUACAGCAGUUACAGAUCUAAGCAAGAUAAAUAAAACUUGUUUAUAAAAAAUGUAUUCUUUUAACAUAUCUUCAGUGAUUGAUGCAAGUUUAGUAGUGGAAUGGACUUGAACAUAUUCUCUAAAACUUUAAAGCAUUUUACAUUCCUAAGGGUAUUCAGGUUGUUAAUAAUGGCCUCAACUCCCAGAUGAUACAGUCGUUUUAGAUAUCUGCCAAGGAGAUUGUCUCCCGUUUCCAUGUGGCAUUGGUGCUUGUUGCCAAUCAUUCUCGUGGGGCUGUCCAUUCAGUUUGGGGCAGCACUGAGAUCUGUGUAUAUAGCAGGAUGUUGGGUACAGCAGUCUAGCCCAGAAAAUUUUCUGCUGUUUGGUGAGCAAGAUGCAUGCAUAAUGUCCUUACUGGAUUGAAGAGAUGACCAUUGUCCGCUUAUAUGAAUUAGAAUAAUUUCCGCUCCACAAACACUAUUCGUUACAUUGGGAAAUGAGAACUAUUAAUUUGUUAUUUAGUUUACCAGGCAAUGUAUCAUUGUUCUUCAGGAAAUUAGAACAUUUUUGCCUGACCACAUAUCAUUAGAAUAUGAAGGAGCUUCAGUUUGUCUCAAUGAUUAUGUAAAUAUUUUCAAAGGCAUGUUGUACCUUGAACACUAAGUAUUACACAUGGCAUAAGUUUUUAUUACAAUCAUCAGAUUUAAAGGCCUAGAACUGUUGGGUUGGAUGCAAACCUAGGAAUGGAAAGAAUUGGCAAAAAUAUGUCUUCUUAAAGGUAAAGGUAGUCCCCUGUGCAAGCACCAGUCGCUUUUGACUCUGGGGUGACGUUGCUUUCACGUUUUCAUGACAGACUAUAAAGCUGGAGCUGUGGACUGAAGGGCCUGUUAAGACUGCCGUGUGCCAAAGGGGGAACUCUGACAAAAUGCCCUCACUUUCAUGCAAGAUCCCUGAGACCCAUUUUUUUCAAGGGUCUCCCAUACCUUAGUGGCUUUAUGGUAGUCUCCUGGGAGAGUGUCAGAUGCAGGAGGUCUGCUUCUAUUAGCUUCUUCUGUUUGUGGGAGGCUGGGUCCAACCCAUGGAAGUGUAAAUUAGGGUUGUAUAUUUAAUUACAAAAUAAUUUUAUGCUGGGGUGACACCAGUUGUGAUCUGAAGAAGCUGUGAUGUAUAAAUUAUGCAAAUAACAUUCAUGCUUGUUUUGGGUCAUGAGCCAUGCAACACACUGAAGUCCUACCACAAAAUCAGCACUGGUAUUCUCAGGCUGCAGUACUGUCUGCAGCCCAAAAUUCUAUGUUGUCAGGGAACAUUUCAGGUAACAUGGGAAAGGGUCAUAUGAUUAAUGGGUUUAUCUUAUUGAUUAUUCCAGAUGGCAGUGUAACAUCUCUUCUGUAUCUGAGUUUAAGCAAGGAAAAGAGAAUUUUUUAAAAUUAUGAGGGCUCAUCUUUACAAUUAGGCAUUGUUCUCUUCAUAUUGACCAAAAGACUGAGCUUGAGCCCUAUUUGGGGUUCUGUUGGGUUCUUUUUCUGCUAUGCCUUACAUUCAUCAGGCAAUGACAAUCGUGACUUGGAAAGGCUUGUCAAACUUUCAGAGCUAGGAGAAAAGCUAAAUCAUUCUGAUUCAGUUACAGCAAGUUCUGGGCAGUGAAUAACUGAUUGUAUUUACUUGGCUGGGUCAAUCAGAUACUAGGCAUCCUGUCUGCAGCCGAGACCAACAUUCACCUGCUUCAGAAGUGUCCAAGGCUUGAUUCAUCCUUUCAAUAUUCAAAGGUUUAAGGAUUCUUCUUUUUUUUUGAGGUUAUAGUGUCCAAAUUGAUAGAAUAUAGCAUUGACAGAACUUGUUUUAAUUUAGCUAAUCUACUGCCAUUCCUAACAGUUUUUUUUGGUAAUGGUACUCAUAGAGAGAUUGAAUCAUGCAACAAAAGUAUCUUGUUUGUACCACCCACUGUACAGUUGCUGUCCACAUUAAUAAUCCAUUUACAGAUCAUGUACGUCCUUUUCAAGCAUUCUCACACAUGAAGCUAAAAUGCUUUGAGUUCUUGAUAGUUUUACAUCUGAAUGCUGUUAAAGUGGGUCAAAAUGUGAAUGAGCGAUAAAGUAUUUAUUGAAGGAAAUAUAGACUUACAGUAGCGUUACAGAAUGAUUUAGGGGAAAGCUGAUUUAAGUCCUGUGUCUGUAAACUUCUAGAUAUCAAUUCUGUGCAGGACUUUAGUAACUGCCCCUCUUUACUUUUUAAUUUGUGGUUCCUGGAAAAGAUGACUUACAAAAAACAUUUAUGAUCCUGAUUUUUUUUUUCCUGGCAAAUUUAGAAUCUGUGACAUUGUGGAUGUACAUUAGAGUUAUCCUUUAGUCUUCAAUUACUUAAAAUAUCAUUAAUGUCAAAAUGAUCUUUCGAGCACCCUGCUGCCCCCCUUUCUGCACUGUUUGGCUAUUGAAUUCCUUUUGUCAAAAUGUCCCUCAUUCGCUCAAGUGUGUUGACCAUUCCUGUUUCUACCAUGGCUUUACAAAAUUUGAACACUUCUUGGUAUUUUUCUAAUGUCGGUGUUGCCAUUGUAAUCUAAUUCACUUUUCCCAUCUACAAAGUUACCUUUGCUGCUGGAUUAAAGACUUAUUUUUAACUAUUGUACAAAUUUAAAGAGUAUAAAUAACCUUUGGCAUUUCCAAGAAUUUUACUUCAUUUUAUAACUGCACAUUGCAUCUGAAAGAAAAAGGGUGCUUACAGAAGUAAUACUUCCUGUACAUUAAAAAUUGAGUAAGUAAAACUUGUGGGUAUUGCAUUAAUGUGAAUUGAUGACUUGUAUGUUGUGUUAGAAUUGGUCAAAGCUAAACCUGUAUGUAUCUAUGCAAACAUUGUGAAUUUUAGAAAAUACACAUCUGAGGUUAGUGAUUUUUUUAAAAAAAAAUUACUGGCAGAAAUUGAAAUUGGUGCCUAUGCUGCUGUAUUCUGGUUUUGAAAGACUGCAGGUCAGGUUGGUGAAUCAUUUGAUUGCCUUUUUCUUCUCCAGUCCAAUGGUGGAAUUUCUUUUGUAGUUCAUAUGUGGCAAAAACUUGGGAAUUGGAAUGCUUAUUAAAUAAUGAAAUUUAAAUUA